AUGCCAGCAAGGAAGCAAGGCUACGAUGCGAUUCCGGUCAAUGACGACGACAACGAGCAUUCCGCGCAAGCAACCAGUAGCUCUAGCAACCUGUUACGUCACCAGGGCCAGAACGGCGACGCAACUACACGUUGGGACAAGAUCAAGAACUUUGAAUACAAGCGUUUCUUCAAGGCGCAUCUCGGCUACAUUCUCUGCUUCCUUGUCAUUCUAGCUCUUGUAAUUGGCUUUCUUGUUGCACUGCUCCUCCCCGAUGACUACAGCGACCAACUUCCGCUUCCGAACAGAAACCAUAUCAAAGCACCGAUAAAGGCGGGCAUCCCGGAAAGCGCUUUGCAAGAAGGUUUGGCAAAGUGUGAAGCUUACCAACGGACGAAACCGAUUAAUCGACCAAAUAUUGCUCGCAAAAACCCUCGCGCCCCUGCAAAUGCUCAACCCGUUUUACUGAAGAACGCGGUGGUAUGGGAUGGCGAAGGCCACAUACUCAAAGACGUCGACAUUUUACUGCAGGAUGGCGUCAUUGCUAAGGUUGAGCGUGAUAUCAGCGCAACGACACUAGCAGAAAACAUCAAAGUGAUUGAUGUUGCAGGACAUGUUGUUAGUCCAGGUAUCGUGGAUAUGCACAGUCAUUUGGGUCUGUAUAACUGGCCAAAUGUUGACGGUGCGAUGGAUAUCAACGAAGCAACGUCAGCGCUUACUCCGUUCGUUCGGUCACUCGACGCUUUCAGUCCAUCUGACAAAGCAAUCCGAAUUGUUGCGUCUGGUGGUGUUACAACGGCUCUCGUUUUACCCGGAUCAGCAAACCUGAUGGGUGGUGAAGCAUUUGUGUUUAAGCUACGUCCAGUACCUACAACUAGUAAUGAGGAUAUGUUGGUUCAAUCUGGUAUCGAUGAAAGCAUCGACGCUAAAUGGCGAUGGAUGAAAAUGGCAUGCGGCGAGAAUCCAAAGAAUUUCUAUGGUAAAAACGGUCGUAUGCCUAAAACAAGAAUGGGUGAAGCUUAUCUAUUCCGCCAACGUUUGGACGACGCACGGACAUUAUUGCAUGCUCAAAAUGACUGGUGCAUCGCAGCUCAGGACAUUGACAUCAACCAGCCAGAAUCUCGACUUGAAUCACGUUUCCCUGAAGACUUGAGCCUCGAAUCGCUGGUGGCCUUGCUCCGUGGAGAUGUAUUAUUGAACGUUCAUUGCUACGAGACGCAUGAUAUUGAAGCCAUGAUCCGCCACUCUAUCGAAUUCAACUUUACCAUUAGCGCUUUUCAUCAUGCUCUCGACGCAUAUCUUGUGCCUGAUAUCAUCAAGCGUGCACGAAACAACAUCACGAUUGCUACGUUUGCUGAUCACUGGGGUUAUAAAAAGGAAGCUUUCCAGGCUUCACCAUUUAGCCCCAAGAUUUUGUACGAGGCGGGGAUACCGGUUGCACUAAAGAGCGAUCAUCCCGUAUUGAAUUCCCAACAUUUGGUUUUCGAGGCAGCAAAAUCCAGCCAUUACGGUCUGCCACCUCAGGAAGCUUUCAAAGCCGUUACGUCUAACCCAGCUAAAGCUAUUGGUUUAAACCACCGAAUUGGAUCUCUCAAGGUUGGUUAUGAUGCGGACGUUGUCAUUUGGGAUCGCGAACCGCUGGCACUUGGUGCUACGCCUUUGCAAGUAUUUAUCGAUGGCAUGCCAUUGUUUGAAGAGCGCACUAUCCCGCCUGCAGCUAAACAGGCUUCCACAGACGUAACCGCUACAGAUCGAAAGACCAACACAAUCGAUAUCACCAGUAUCGGUUCAAGAAAGUCGGUAAUGUUUACAAGCGUUGGUCGUGCUAUUCUCGGUGAUGACAUCGACAUGGAAGGCCCUGUUCAAAUUCUUGUUCAUGAUGGCAAAGUUGCCUGUGCUGCUCAAGAUUGUUCCGGUACUAUUGCUAUGAUAAACAACGUUAAUGACGAACCCUUGGCUCAUGUUGACGUUAAGGGCGGCUACGUUAUCCCUGGAUUGGUCGCGGUAGGAUCCAAGUUGGGUUUAACAGAAAUUCCAUCAGAAAGCUCGACCGGUGAUGGAAUUGUGAAGCCUUCAUCAUCGCACAACCCCAAGGAUAUCGUAAGCGCUAUCGAUGGUAUUAAAUUGAGCACGCGCCAUCUUGAGGAAGCUUAUAAGGGAGGUGUUCUCACGGCCAUCAGCUCCCCUGUGUCAAAAAAUGUCGUUGUUGGUAUCAGUGCUGCAUUCAAGACAGGAGCUGACUCAAUUCUCUCAGACGGUGCAGUAGUGGCACCGUAUGUUGCUCUCCAUCUGCAAAUUGGUGACAGCGCAAAAUCAGACAGUUUUCCUACGGUCUCGUCACAAAUUUCGUUUAUUCGUCAAAUCCUAUCCGAGAACCUGGACAAGCCUAACUACUAUGGACAAGCAGCUCGGGGUGAAAUUUCCACCAUUAUUUCCGUGCACAACAAGGACGAGAUUGCAUCUAUAAUUAUGUUGAAGAAAAAGUCGUUCCCCACAGCCCGCUUUGUUGUCAUGGGUGGUGCUGAAUCACAUUUGGUUGCUCGCCAUUUGGCAGAAGCAAAUAUUCCUGUUAUCCUUCGACCGACCCUAUGUACACCAGAGCGAUUUGAUUCUCUCCAUUGCUUAUCCGGUGCACCUUUGACCAACGGUACUGCAGCACAUGUUCUUCACCAGCACGGUGUCAAGAUUGGAUUGGGCGUUUCAGAUGAUGGAUUGGCACGAAACCUUGCUUGGGAUGCUGGAUGGCUUUCUGCUACUUCACCUACUGUCGAAGGCACGAUUACAGAAGCUGAAGCGAUUCGCUUUGUUACGACAAAUUUGCAAGAAAUCUUUGGACUUUCUAAACGAGAGGAAGGUGUCAAGACUGUGGAGGCUAUCGAUGAGUUUGCUGUAUGGUCGGGCAAUCCAUUGGAACUGCAUAGCCGACCCCUUGUGUUCCAUUCCAAGCAAGCUGGUAUGCAAAUUGUAGCAUAA